AUGUCUCCACUCUUUCCUUCUCUCAUUGUUCUCACAGAGCUGCUGCUGUGUGUUAGACUAACACUCUGCGUGGAGGUGGAUCUCUGCACACCUGUGCGUGUGGAUCAGCACAAGCAGGAGAAGCAUCUGCAGCAGCGCAGACAGGUGGUUUUUAGAUUAAGUGCCUUCAGAGAGGACUUCCACCUCCACCUGGAGCCAGAUGCCAGCUUCCUCGCUCCGGGCGGCUCCUCUGCAGACCUGCGGGACUGCUUCUACUCCGGGACCGUCAACGCGGAGCCGGACUCCUUCGCCGCGCUCAGCCUGUGCAAAGGUCUCCAGGGGGGGUUCUCCUACAACGGCAUGGAGUAUUUCAUCAGGAGGACCAAGGCAGGAGAUGCUGGGUAUGGAGGCUCUGCCAACGGGACGCACGUCAUCCGCCGCCGGACGCACAAUGAGCACUCAGGUGCCAACUCCACCAGCAGGUGUGGAGUAGCACCUGAUGGCCACUUCAACGUGUCCCUGGAGAAGUACAAGCACCUGAGCGGGCUGGAGGUGGAUGGCUUGGCUGAGAGCGUGUUGAGGACCCUGGGGAGGACCAAGAGGUUCGCCUCCAUCCCCAGGUUCGUGGAGGUGCUGGUGGUGGCAGAUGAAUCUAUGGCCACAUUCCAUGGGGACGACCUGAAGCAUUACCUGCUGACCCUGAUGUCAGUGGCGGCCAGGCUGUACAAGCACCCCAGCAUCCUGAACUCCAUCAACGUGGUGGUGGUGGGCUUCGUGGUGAUAACCGAGGCCGACAAGGGACCAAAGGUUUCCACCAAUGCAGCGCUGACUCUGCGAAACUUCUGCUCCUGGCAGAAGAAGCUGAACAAACACAACGACAAGCACCCGGAGUACUGGGACACGGCCAUCCUGUUCACCAAGCAGGAUCUCUGCGGGGCCACGACCUGUGACACGCUGGGGAUGGCUGACGUCGGGACCAUGUGUGACCCGAAGAGGAGCUGCUCCGUCAUCGAAGACGACGGUUUACCCUCCGCUUUCACAACGGCUCAUGAACUUGGCCACGUCUUCAACAUGCCCCAUGACAAUGUGAAGGCAUGUGAGGAGGUAUUUGGGAAACUGAAGGACAACCACAUGAUGUCUCCCACACUGAUUCAGAUCGACAGGAGCCGGCCCUGGUCCGUGUGCAGCGCCGCCAUCAUUACCGAGUUCCUGGACAGAGGUCAUGGAGACUGUCUGCUGGACCAGCCUCAGAAGCAGCUGUCUCUCUCAGACAACCUGCCCGGUUCCAGCUACAGCCUGCACCGACAGUGUGAGCUGGCCUUCGGACCCGGCUCCAAGCCCUGCCCGUACAUGCAGCCCUGCUCCAAGCUGUGGUGCACCGGGAAGGCCCGUGGCCAGCUGGUCUGCCAGACCCGACACUUCCCCUGGGCGGACGGCACCGGCUGUGGCAACGGCAAGGUCUGCUACCGCGGAGCGUGCACGGAUAAGAACAACACCAUGCAGGUCAAGGUGGAUGGCCGGUGGGGUAAGUGGGGAGCGUUCGGAGGUUGCUCCCGGAGUUGUGGUGGAGGAGUUCAGCUGGCCAAGAGGGAGUGUGACAACCCCGUUCCUGAGAAUGGAGGCAAAUACUGCUACGGCCUUCGCAUCAAAUAUCGCUCCUGUAACCUCAACUCUUGUCCUGACACAGUUAAGAGUUUCCGUGAGGAGCAGUGUGAGGCGUUCAAUGGUUUGAACCUGAACACCAACAGGCUGGGUUCCACUGUGGUUUGGGUUCCUAAAUAUUCGGGCAUCUCUCCCAAAGACAAAUGCAAGCUUAUCUGCCGCGCUAACGGGACUGGCUACUUCUACGUACUCGCUCCAAAGGUUGUUGAUGGGACGCCCUGCUCUCCUGACACCUCGGCCGUGUGUGUUCAAGGAAAAUGCAUCAAGGCGGGCUGCGAUGGCAAGCUGGACUCUAGCAGGAAGUAUGACAAGUGCGGCGUAUGUGGCGGUGACAACCAGGGCUGCAAGAAGGUCUCGGGAAUGUUCACCAAACCUGCCCAUGGCUACAACUUCGUGGCGAUGCUGCCCAUCGGAGCUUCCAACAUCGACGUGCGUCAGCGCGGCUACCGAGGGAUGGUCAGCGACGAGAACUACCUCGCGGUCAAGAAUCGCCACGGCAAGUACCUGCUGAACGGCAACUACGUGGUGUCGGCGGUGGAGCGCGACCUGCUGGUGAAGGGCAGCUUGCUGCGCUACAGCGGCACCUCCACAUCCGUGGAGAUUCUUCAGGCCGUCCGGCCGCUGCAGGAGCCUCUGACUGUGGAGGUGCUGUCUGUGGGGAAGAUGACUCCUCCAAGGGUGCGCUACUCCUUCUACAUCGCCAAGGAGAGCAAGGAGGAGAGGACCCUGCGGAAAGAGGAGAGGAGCCACACGGCGCAUAACAGCGUCCUGGCAGACAGCAAUAGGGUGGAGGCUAAGAAGCAGAUGAUGGGUAAGAGGCCCCUCAGUCACUGGGUGACAGGAAGUUGGGAUUCGUGCACAGUGACUUGUGGGAACGGUCUGCAGAAGAGGCCGGUGCACUGCCAGAGCGUGGAGGGGCGUCCGGUGUUGGACUGUGAUGGCGCAGACAGGCCUGUAGCGCUGCGAUCGUGUGGGGAUCCAUGUCCCAUGUGGGACGUCGGGGCCUGGUCUCACUGCUCCAAGUCCUGUGGGAGGGGCUUCAAAAGGCGGCCAGUGCGCUGCAUGACCGAGACCGGCCUGAACCUACCCAGAGACCACUGCUCUGGGAGGAGGAAGCCUCAGGAGCUGGACCUCUGCAAUCUGAAGCCGUGUUAAAGCAGAACA